AUGGCCGGAUCAACGACGUCACCGAUGAUGAAAAGGUUCACGGUCAGGAGGCAGAAACCGGUGAUGGUUCGUCCGGUGAGACCGACGCCUCGGGAAACAAAACCUUUGUCUGACAUUGACGAUCAAGAAAGCUUCCAUUUCCUUAUAUCCAACAGCAUAAACUUCUACAGACGGAGAGACGACGUCGAUGAUCAAUGUGUCAGGAAAGCAUCAUCAUCAGAAGAAGACCCCGCGAAGGUGAUCAAAGCAGCUCUGGCUGAGACACUGGUGCUAUAUCAUCCAUUUGCCGGACGGUUGAUAGAAGGGCCUGAAAACAAGCUGGCGGUGGAAUGCACCGGAGACGGCGUGGCCUUUGUCGAGGCAGAUGCCGACGUGACGCUGGAAGAGCUCGGAGAAGAAGAGCUUCAGCCUCCGUUUCCUUACUUGGAAGAUUUGUUGUGUAACAUUCCGGACACCGGCGGAAUCCUCCAUCCGCCAAUUCUUAGUAUACAGGUGACGCGUCUCAGAUGUGGUGGUUUUAUUUUCACCUACCGCCUCAAUCAUGUAAUGUGCGACGCCACGGGUAUUGUACAGUUCAUGAUGGCCUUAGCGGAGAUAGCUAGAGGAGGAGCCUCUACCGACUCGGUGGUGGCUCCGUUUACGGUUGACGAUUUGGUUUGCAAAUCGUUUUUCUUCACCCCGGCUGAUACGUCGGCCCUCCGGGCCUCUCUGCCGCCGUUCCUCCGAGCCAAGUGCUCCAGCUUCGAUGUCCUCACCGCUUUCCUCUGGCGCUGUCGGACAUCCGCCCUCCAGCUCGACCCGAACCGAGAAGUGAGAAUCCUCUGCUUUGUGGAUGCCAGGUCCAAGUUUGAUCCACCGAUUCACAAAGGGUAUUACGGGAAUGUUUUGGCUAUCCCGACCGCGGUGACAACUGCCGGGAAACUAACCGGAAACCCGCUCGGGUACGCGGUGGAGUUGGUGAUGAAUGCAAAGUCGAUGGUGACUGAGGACUACAUCAAGUCGAAUGCGGACCUGAUCGUUUCAAGAGGCCGAAAAGGCGUAAGAUGGUCGCCGGGAUACAUGGUGUCGGAUUUGAGGAGGGCCGGAUUCGACGAGGUGGAUUUCGGGUGGGGAAAACCGGUUUAUGCUGGACCGGCAUUAGGUAUAAAGGAGCUAAAACCUGCAAACCUUGGGUUUUAUAUUCCAAGGAAGAAUAAAAAAGGGGAAAAAGUGGUCGUGGUACCAAUUGGUUUGCCAAGAUCUGCUAUGCAAAGGUUCAUCGAUGAGAUUAAAAAUGUGGUGAAUGCGAUCAAUGAUGAUGGUAAUGGAAAAGGAGCUAGAUCACAGAGACAAAGUCACACAGACAAUAUACAUAUGGUCAGACCGUCAUUGUCCGACGAUGAAAAGCUUCAUGGUGAGGAGGCAGAAACCAGUGAUGGUUCGUCCGGCAAGACCGACGCCUUGGGAAACAAAACCAUUGUCAUUCAGAAAAGCUUACAUUUUCUUUUACUCCAAGGAAGAAUGACAAAGGGGAAAAAGGGAUUGUUGUUCCAAUUGGGUUGCCAAGAUCUGUAA